ACGUUGGCAAAAUUAAAGAAAAUUCUAGUUCACCACCAAAAAAACAAAGACUACAUAAAGAUAAACAUAUAGAAUCUUAUAUGAAUAUAGAUGAAUCUGACCAAGAGGAUCAAGAAUCAAAUUCAGAUAUAGAAACUAACAAUAAUGAUAUAAUAGUAUCAAGGUUAACACCACCUUUACCUCUAAACGAAGAAGAAUUAUGCAAUAAAAGAUUAUUAGCCAAUAAUGAAGAAUUUGAAGAACUUAAUUAUAAAAUUUUAAGUGAAUUUGAAGCUGCUGCUUGGUUAGCUAAACACCCACGUACAAUGAUAGCAAACUUAGAACUUGAAGCAAAAGCAUUAUUUUUAAGAACAAGGAAUAAUACUCCUGCAUUGUAUACUGAAUUAGCAUCUGCUGAAUAUGGUAUCUUCAAAGUUGACAAGCAGAUGCUAGCAUUAAUUAAGAAGGUUGGUAGUUGCUUUGAUGAUUAUCGUUAUCACCUCUUUGCAAAGCUUCGAAAGAGAGCUGAUGAAUGUUUGAAUCAAUUUGGUAAUAAAAGAAUAUGGAAUACCUUGGGUGAUUUUGUUCAAGAAGCCAUUAAGAAAAUUAUUAUUUCAAAAUUAGAGAAAACUGAUAUGAAAGUAGCACUUCGUAGUUGUGAUACAAUUAUUGUCAACUUGCCAAUUCCAACUGUACUUGGUGUUGUCGCUCAUUUGCCAGUUCAAGAUUUAUUAAAAUAUAAAACUGGUCAGCAAAGAAGUAAAUAG